CAACUGUACGACGUAGUGUACGGUGUAGUUUUGCGGGCUGCCAUUUUUUUCUUUUAAAUCUGGGGUGAGUGAAUACAAAAAUGUGUGGUUGCUAUUGACAGUAGCUUGGCUAGUUAAAAAAAUGGUAGGUUUGCGCAGGAUGUCCCAUGUUGCGUUUGUGACAGUUCUCUCUGACCAAUCAGUGGUCUGCAGUGCUUCAACUCCACCUUGUAGUAUUGGCUCAGCUCGCUUGGAACCUUGAAGGAGGUGGUACCAAAAGUACUAGGUUGUAAAAGCAGAAGUGGAGCAUCCAGACAUGCCCAGAGGCCUCAGCUGUUUGGCAAGCCCUGAGGGGGCAGACAGCAAGUAUGAGACCCCCCCAGCUUCAGAGCUCCAGAAGUUAAUGUGGACAAAGAAAGGGACCAGCAGCCAUCUGGAUAUGGUUCAGCCCAGGAUCUACAUUGGAGACAUGUAUGCAGCCAAAGACAAGAGGACACUCCAGGCUCACCACAUCACCCAUGUACUUAACGCUGCUGAUGGGAAGUUCAACGUGAACACAGGCCCCAGCUUCUACCGAGACACCAAAAUCACUUAUCAUGGAGUGGAAGCUUUUGACAUGCCAUCCUUUAACUUGAGUCCCUUCUUUUACCCAGCAGCCAAUUUUAUCAAGAACGCUUUGAGCUCGCCAACAGGUAAAGUGUUUGUCCACUGUGCGAUGGGUCUCAGCCGCUCGGCCACCUUGGUUCUGGCCUACUUGAUGAUCUACGAGAACAUGACACUGGUGGACGCCAUCAAAGCUGUCAGCGCCAACAGGAACAUCUCACCUAACAAUGGUUUCCUGGAGCAGCUCAGAGAGCUGGACGUGAAGCUGCACUGCCAGGGAUCAUCCAGGAGCUGGAGUGCCAACGGGCGGACUUGAGCUAAAAAUCCAUCCGUCGAUAAAUUUGGAUUAUACUGUUGAGUUUGUAGUAGAUAUUCCAGCGAAGAUAUGAAUGUAAAAACAUGCUCUUAUUGCCUUUUCUUUGUAGACAAAUUUCAUUUUUUUUGUGAAGAAAUGAAAGUGACUUAAAUUACGUUAAAGGCUUUUUAUUGUAAUAAACUACGAUUUAAAGAUCAAAACCAA